AUGUCGGACCCAAACGUCUCCCUGUUCUCUCGGAUUGAAGCUUUCAGCCGACAGUGUUGCUGUCGCAAAACGUCUCCGCCACAACCUCUUCUGCCUGCUGUCUUGCAAAGCGAUGAUCUUCUAAGGAACAUUCUUGCCUUCCUUCCCUUUGAAGAGCAAACAAGCAACCUUCGAUUGGUCAGCUGGAAAUUCAAGAUGACCUGUCAAGAUUUGCUGGAAGAAAAACUCUUUGAUAUCAACGUCGUCGGAUAUGGCAAAAGAAAGAAAAUGACGAGAAGUUCGGUGAAUGGUUCGAAGUGGACGUUCGCCGCGGUUGGUCAAACGAUUCUUGUACGAGCAAGGAGAGCUGCAUUGAUGACGCCUUGUGGGUGGCGUCGUGUCGGUGUGGUCCGUUUGACGAGGAAUGCGCCUUCAACAACCACGGCGACUCCCGAUGCCGGGAGCAUUGCCUUUCCGAUCGACAAACAAGCAACAGGACCAACUGGGACAUGGACCAAGCUCGUCAGUUGUUGCGUACCACCAACAGACAUGUCACAGUCGUAA